AUGAUGAGGGACCCUCUAGGGAUACCCACUAUAACUGAGAAAGGAUGGAAUGAGACAUGUCCUAGCGAAACUCCUGAAGCAGACCAAGUCACUUUUCAAGAACUGAAUGGUCCCACAUACGUUGAGUGGCUUUUGCUAUUGGGCGUAGCUUCCCAUAUCAUCUUAUAUCUGCCCCCAUCAACCAUGAGGUUACUAUGGGUACUACUAGCAUGGCUGGCGUUCGCAGUGUCCGCAGAUCCCUUUGUCAACGGGUACAUUCGGCUGGAGCGCAAUGGCACCAACGCAACAGCAGCAGGGGCAGCAAUGCCUCUGUCAAAGCGAAUGACGCUGCCCGGUCCAUCGUUGGGGAUUUUCUAUAAAGAUGAGAUGCCUAAGCGUACAAGGGAACUCGAGCUGAAAAACAGCUACCGCACAGCGGCCUCGACAAGCGCGGCGAUUAUGCACCGACUCGGUCGGACACGAAACACCAAUCAAUUCAGCACCGGAGUAGAGGGACUUCAUGGGUGCACUACCAUGUAUAUCAUCAGCCGCAAAGCGGUGUAUAUAACACACUGGUGGGAAAAUGUCGCCUUCGCCGCAGAUGAAAUAGACGAGAAAGGAAACCCCGGCUGGAGAGAGGGUCGAACGGACGAGGAGUUACUGGAGAUCAGCGUCCUCAACCUGCUUAGGAAGGGGGGGAAGCAGCACGCCAAACUCGAUGCCAAUAUCAUUGAGGAUGAACACAUCCGCGCCUACCUCAUCCGUCCAUCAAAAGCUUACAGGCAGCUUAAGGAUCCUAGCGCGGAUGACUACACCUAUCAGUGGAACAAAAUCCGGACUACGGUGGGCGAGCUGGUGCCAACCCUUCAAGAUCAAUCGCGAUGGACAGACAUUCCAUACGUCAGAGUGAGGAAUGUGCGGCAUUUGGAUGAGGAGGAUACAGUUAGAGGGAGAAAUCUUUUCAAAUUUGACCAAGCCCACGACAUAGGUGGUGGGCAAACACAGACCUGGGCUAUGAUGUGGGCUGAAGAUGAACUGUAUCAUGAGGAUAAAUGGUGA